GAUGAAUUUUGGGAUAAGGCCAACAGAAAUGUGAAGAAGUUUAGGACAAAAGGAUUUGAAUAUUUUCAAGAAAUGGCAGAAAUUGUUGAAAAUUGUUGUGCCACAGGGGCCUUAUCUCGUGCAUCCACACAAGGAGCCCUUGACUCAGAAGAAGAAGAUGACAUGUUAAAUAAAUUUUGGAACCCUGAUGUUGGUGGGAGUAAUGCUGGUGGGAGUAACGCUGCUGAGGCAAUUCCUGUUGACUUAUAUGGGGAUGAGUACAUGGAUCCAUCAAAGGGCAAAAGUCACAAGAGGGGCCCUACAACCAGCCAGACUGACAGUGGUCGUUCUAAAAAGUCACGGUCAAGUGGGUUUGAUGAUGUGUGCGCAGCUUUCACAUCCUAUGUACAAGCAAAAACAGGACAUUCACGUGCACGAGAAAAUGAGACAGAGGCUGUAAGUGCAGGUGGUGAUGAUUACUCUCUUGAUGCAUGUCAAGAUGCAUUACUAGAGCUUGGGGACAUACCACCAGUGCAGUACAUUAAGGCACUGACACUAUUCAAGGAUAAGGAAUGGCGAAGGUUUUUUAUGCGCACUCCUACCCAUUUGCGCCUACCCAUGAUCCUCGCUUUGCAGUGAAGUCAGAAGCUCUUC